UAUAUUAUAGGGUCGAUUCAAUUGCGCAGGGGGUGCGAUGCGGAACCUCGAUCCUGGGUGUUCUUCUUAUUCACUCAGCCAAGAGGCCAACUAGCCAAGUGUAGAAGUGGGAGGAAUAGGUUAGAGAGAGAGAGAGAGAGAGGGUGUGUGUGACUAUGUCUCUAGUUGAUUAUGCUUCAUCAUCCGAAGACAACGAUGCAGAAAUCGGAGAAGGAGAAGAAGAAGAAGAAGAAGAAGAAGAAGAAGAACAACGAGGAGGAGGAAGAGAAGCAAAAGAAUUAGAAGAAGAACCCUUGCCUUCAACGGUUAAUUUUCAUAACCAGAGAUCAAUAUCCCCUUCACACCAACUGCCGGAUAGUACUACACAUUUACCAGCACCUUCCAUUGAGAAACUCCCAGAUGCAUUACUACUACUCAGUUCACCUGCUCUCUCAUCUCACCAAAUGAGUAGCACUGACCACUACUCUAGAGUUGCGGCUGCUAUGGCAGAAAGCGCAUCACGAAAGAGAGAAAUUAAUGGGUUAGCUUCUUCUUAUCUCCGAAGUAAACUUCCAAGAGGGAACUUGCCUCAUUCAAAGAAUGUUCCGGACACUGUUGGUGGCCUUCUAAUCCCACCUCAGCUUAGUGGAAGGAGCAAUGUUGUUACAGAAGAUAUAAGCAAGCUGUUUGCAAAAGGACAUUAGACAAGCUUGAUGCUUUUCAUACUGGUUUCAUACUGGGACAUCUCCUAUAUUAGCAGUGGAUUCUUUUAACAUGUGAUAUUGUUGUACUAAUGGUUACCAACAUUUUGCAAUCAUGUGCAUAUAUGAUAAUGGUAGUAGCAUCUGUAGAACAUUAUGAGAGUCCUAUCAUCUUCAUUUGGAAUGUAGGUUCUAUGGUGUAUCAUCAUUUCCUAA